GUCGAUUUGGAUCUUGUUUCCUCUUUCUUUGUCACCCGUUUCUUUUGCCGAGUCUUUAAAUCACACUGACUGAUUUGUGCGAGAAGGAUCAAUAUCAGGCAGGAGCAUAUAAUAAGUCUACACUCUCUCUUCCCACUUGCUUCAUUUGAAUAAAUCUCCCUGGAUCUGCUGUUGGAUAGUUAAUGCUAUGCUCAGUUGGUGAAAAAGCCAAGUUAUUGGAAAGACAAGAAGUGCUUGUUUUGUCUGGAUCUUCGUCUUGGGUCCCAGUGACACCUUUCCCUUGACACGUCACAUCUCGAGGCCAGGUCAUAAACUACACCAUCGUGAGCAGAAUUCGCCUGGGCGCACUCGAGUGUUGAUAAAGAAAUAAAAGAGACCAGUGUCUGAACUGAGGAGGAAGGCAAGAUGAAAUUACCCCUGAGUACGUGAUACGUGUGCACGUCUGAGGUUGAUCUCGCUUCAAGUCACGUGAGCAGAGGGGGGAGAGCCGAUCGGGGUUCCAAGUUCUCCCGAACAGUUCCGAGAGCGAUGCAAUUCAUGACGUCAUUGUGGCUGUGCCUGGUGUGCAUGGUAGCCCUGAUCCACCUUACCAAGGCUAUGCCUGAAAGGUUACGCAUAGGUGGCCUGACGAGACUGCAGGAGGUGCUCAAAGCGGCAGAGCGGACCCCUGCACAGAUCACGGUCCGGAAGCUGGAGAUGGUCAACUCGGACUACCUGGUACUGCUGAAAGAACUUCAAAAUCGUGGGGAGUACAGGUUCAUCGUAGACUGUAACGUCAAGACAGUCACAAGGUUUUUGCACGCGGGUCUGAAGUUGAAAAUGAUCUCAGAGCUAUAUCACUUUUUCUUCACUACUUUGGACUUGGGUCUGCUCGAUCUGAGCGACUACAUGCACGGUGGGGCUAACAUCACGGCCUACCGGCUCAUAGACCCAGACAGAGAGAAAGUCAUCAGUGUGAGAACCUCUUGGCUUUUCCGUUCAAAGAUUGGGGACAAAUCACCGCUUAUGGAGUAUUCAGAAAUAGAUACCGAGACUGCUUUAGCCUACGACGCCUAUGUUCUCUUCGCAAAGGCUCUGCACUCCUUGUCAGAAGCCCAGGAGGUGAAUACCAUUAGCCUGCCUUGUGACAAAGUGCACACCUGGAGAUAUGGAAACAGCUUAUUGAACUACAUGAAAGCGGUGA